AUGUCGCAGAGCGUGGAAAACAAUGCCCUUCUCGCGGAGAUUGCUCAGCUGAAGCUUCUCUUGGCUGAGAAGGAGGCUUUAGUUGCCAACGACGACACUGGUUCAGUUGUCAAGAAGCCCAAAAAGAAGAGCCAAAAGAAUAUGGUGGAGACAGAGCCUGUUCAAGGGUGUCGUGACUUUCCUCCUGAGGCGAUGCGCUGCCGCCGCCAUCUGUUCGAUGUUUUCCAUGCCACUGCGAAGACUUUUGGCUUCGAGGAGUACGAUGCACCGGUUCUGGAGUCGGAGGAGCUGUACAUUCGUAAGGCUGGAGAAGAAAUUACCGAGCAGAUGUUUAACUUUAUUACAAAAGGUGGUCACCGUGUGGCACUACGACCUGAGAUGACGCCAUCGUUGGCUCGCUUGUUGCUUGGAAAAGGGCGCUCCCUUUUGCUACCGGCGAAGUGGUACUCCAUUCCACAAUGUUGGCGCUAUGAAGCCAUCACUCGCGGUCGCCGUCGUGAGCAUUACCAAUGGAACAUGGACAUUGUUGGUGUAAAGUCGGUGUCAGCGGAAGUGGAAUUGGUGUGUGCGGCAUGUUGGGCUAUGCGGAGUCUGGGGCUAUCGUCUAAAGAUGUUGGAAUAAAGGUCAAUUCGCGCAAGGUGCUACAAACCGUGGUGGAGCAAGCGGGCGUUACGUCUGACAAGUUUGCUCCGGUGUGCGUUAUAGUUGACAAAAUGGAGAAAAUUCCUCGAGAAGAGGUGGAGGCGCAGCUGGCCGUUUUGGGUCUUGAGCCCACCGUGGUAGACGCAAUCACGACGACACUUAGUCUCAAGUCUAUCGACGAGAUUGCACAGCGUGUCGGCGAGGAACAUGAGGCUGUGAAGGAGCUGAGGCAGUUUUUUGAACAGGUGGAGGCGUACGGCUACGGCGAUUGGGUUCUCUUUGAUGCGAGUGUGGUGCGUGGGCUGGCGUAUUACACGGGCAUUGUUUUUGAAGGCUUUGACCGUGAGGGGAAGUUUCGUGCCCUUUGCGGGGGCGGGCGGUAUGACAACCUUUUGACGACAUACGGCAGCCCAACACCGAUUCCCUGCGCCGGUUUCGGUUUUGGUGACUGUGUGAUUGUUGAGCUUCUUCAGGAGAAGCGGUUACUUCCUGAUAUUCCACACGUCGUCGAUGAUGUCGUUAUUCCGUUUGACGAGUCCAUGCGGCCUCAUGCGCUUGCAGUCCUUCGUCGGCUGCGUGAUGCCGGUCGAAGCGCUGACAUCAUCCUCGACAAGAAGAAGGUGGUGCAGGCCUUUAACUACGCUGACCGUGUCGGAGCUGUGCGGGCUGUGCUUGUAGCGCCAGAAGAGUGGGAACGCGGUGAGGUGCAGGUAAAGAUGCUCCGCGAGGGCACUGGAAAGGAAGAGGGCGGCGCUGAACGUGGUUUCGCCGUGCCACUGGACCGACUCGUGUGA